CGAGGUUUGGGUAGCUCUCCCAUGAGGUUUGGGAAAUUUCAAGAUACAUACAGGUCGUGACAGACAUCUCCGCUCUAUAGUAUAUAUAUAUAUAUUUUUUUAUACGCACAAGUGAAAGAUCGAUAAAUUGCAGCGUGAAUAGUGCAUGGGAAGAUAAUUUUGGCUCCUUGAAAGCAACGGAAUACGGAAAUGAAAGGUUGUAUUCGUAAGAAGUGAGAAUUCUGAAGUGGGAAUACUGGAGAUUGGAGGAGGUGCUGCCUCCAAAGGACUGAACUUGUCUUGUUUACUGAGGAAAAGGUCAACCAAUGAACGAGGACCAGCACAGGAACCUUACAGACCGUCAUGGCGCAGACGACCUGAGACGAAGACAAUGAAAAGAGAGAAUAUGUCUUUGUCGGAUAUUUAAAGACUGUGAAUUAUGGAGGAAUAUUUGUAGCGAGCGGCAAAUCAAGACGAAACUAUUAGUUGUGGCCAGUACAAGCAAGCUUCCCUGAAGUGUUCACAUUAUGAUAAACAUGUACCUUUACCAGUACCAGAGUACUGCCUUGAUCGUUAGAGAAAUUCCUUCAUGGGAGUAUUUUUGCAAAUUUCGAGAGUUUGUGAAGAUUCCUCACAGCAAGAAAGCUUCAAAGGAUAGCCAUGGAUAUCGCCUCAAUAGGGAAGUAAAACUUUCGCCUUUCGUCAUCUUCAUGUCUUCCAAUGCAAAUUUAAAGUAGAAAGUCACAGUGAUUACAUUCCGCCACUGAGGCUUUAUAAGGCAUCUAGGGAAGUACUUACGUAAACAAGAGAAACAAAAUGUUGGGGAAACUAAAGCAAGGGCUUCGCUCGCUCUUGUCUUCCAUUGUUCUGGUGAUGAUGCUUCCCGUGGCAGCUCUGAAUUCGGGAGGUUUUGAUAAAGAUGAUAUUCACUUUGCGCGCUUCUAUAAGGCGGCGACGCAGACCAACAAACGGGCACUGAAGGAGAUCUUUCUGCUUAUGUUUUACAGAGCGGGAGUGCGUCCCAUUGAAACAUGGAGUAAAUCCGUACAAGAGUUUUGUGUCAAGGUUUUGGGUUGGUCUAAUCGGAAAAUGCGGGAAACUUUUAAUGCCAGCGAAAGAGAGAAGAUAGAAGAGCCGUUAAGUACAGCUGACUAUGAUAUUUCCCUGCUUGUCAAAUUGUUAAGUAAACUCUUUCAAGAGUACAAACUACCUGGACCACUUAUGAGGGCAAUAGUAGAUCUGAAGAAUGUUAGAAACAGAGUUUGCCACGAGCAGCUUACUGUUGAUGAACUUAGUCUGCGUGAUAACAUGGAAGACCUCAAACAGUUAUUGAAAAAUCUGUUUGACGAAGCUUCCGAUUUCUUUGGCAUGGAUCUCGGUAACUUAAAACAGAAUUAUUUAGAUGAAGUUGACGAAAUAAAAUCGGCUCCUCUCACAGGUCAGGCCACGACAUACUUUGAGAGUGUGAAACAGUUCCGGGAAGACCUCGUGGGGAAAUUUAUCACACACGGGAGAAGAGAACUAAUGGAUUUUUAUGCUAACUUGAAGAUCCUGAAUCCUUUUACUUGGUUAAGUGAUGACAAAUUUCCUGAGUUCCUCGUGGACAAGAUCUUCACCCCUCUGCACAUUCAAGAAGUAGGAAGAGUUAUAGACAUUGAGACUCUACUCAUUACUGAACUCUUUUGUGAAAAUCAACAGAUUCCUUUGGGGGUUCUGCCGUCAGUUCUUAUCUUGUGUGGUAUAGCUGGCUGUGGAAAAACUUCAUUGUGUCGUUACAUUUUACAUGUUUGGCGGACUAGAAUGGGAAAUAUCGAGGGACUGAGAUCAGUUGAUAUGUUGAUAUUUAUAGAAGCCAGGAAUGUUACCGAGAGGUCACUGGUUUCUUACAUGCAAAAGACUUUAUUGCGGGAAACCUGUGAUUUCUUUGAUGAAAAAGAUAUAAUACUAACACUCCAUAAGGUGAAUGUUCUCUUUGUUAUUGACGGCAUGGAUGAAGCCACAAUGGAUGGCAAAGCCUUAAUAGGGGAAAUAUUUUCAACACUUGGUUCUGCUCGCAUGAUUAUCACAACUCGACCUGAAUUCACUUCUGUGCUCACACAGAAUGCCGCAAAACAUCACUGUAAGCUCUUAACACUUCAAAUUAAGGGUUUCACAUCACAGGGUUUAAGAAGUUUCACCUCGAACAUGUUUAAAUGCUAUGAACCUGACAAAGAGAAGAGCCAUAAAAUGGAAGUGGAAUUUUCAAGCUACUUGAAUAACACAGGAUCUGCAUUCGGCGAUCACCUGAAAUUGCCCCUAACAAUAGCUUUGCUGGUUAUUCUGUGGAAGGAUGAUACGUCUCGCGUUUCGAAAGUAACAUCAUCGACCCUCCUGUUCUCUGAGUUGUUUAGACUGUGCAUCAUGAAACUGAUUUCAAGACUUCAGGCAUCAACAUCCCUUCAUCAUAUAGAGCUAGAGGGCAUCAUUAAUGAUUGGUUGAUGAUACUUGCAGAAGAAGCAUUUUCAAUGCUUGAUGAGGGCAAGUUUGUAAUAGAACAAGCAAAGCAAAUCAAAUUAACCUCCUUUUGCCGGAAGGUCAAUAUCGAUGUUGUCCAGACUCUCUCUGCAUUCCUCUUGUGCGAAGUUAAAGAAAGUGUGGGUGGGAUAAACUACUCCUUCUCGUUUAUACACAAGAGUCAAAUGGAAUACCUAGCAUCAUUACACAUAGUUCGGCAUUUAUCUCAUGAUCACUCAAAUGUGACGUCAAGGCUCCCCAAUUUUCUUAAAGAUCCCAUUUUAGUGAAAAUUCGUGAAACCAGUUGGUGGAACACUGUUCUCUUCACAUUAGGGAAUCUGUGCACAGAAAAAAAGGUUACUGAAGGCAUUCUGCAGAAUAUCACAAAAAUUUUGUUACGUGGAAGCAGAAAUAACUCCAUAGGUACGUUGUGGCGCAUUAUCCAAGAGUCAAACUGCCAUCCGCAAGUUAGUGCAUUGGUCUGUGCAGCAAUAUCUCUGGAACUCAUUUGGAAACCAGACCACGAGAGCUUAUGUGAUCCAAUGAAUCCUAUGGUGUUAAUCCUUCAGAACACAGAUUUCGCACCGAAGGGCGUACUGAUGCGGAUUUACGGCAGUGUCAGCCAAGGAAAUGUUGCCGUGAAGGGUGGCCUCCCUGAGCUGAGGGAAAACAUCAAUGUCUUCCCCAUCUUGCGGCUCUUAUCCAAGCGGCCAAACACUCACGUCGUGCUGAGGAUGGACCAACAUUAUUACGAAUGGGGAAACUCGGAGACCGGCGACGACCUCCUCACAGCCCUGUUGCCUGGGGGGAAACUGACUGCCUUCAUGGGGCAUUUGGGCGUUAAGGGGGUUGCCGCUUUCAUAAAUGUGCAGUGCCUAGGCGAAUUGUUUAUCCGCUUAUCCAGUGUCGAAGCUCUACAGGCGCUUGCCAAGUCCUUUACGCCGGCUGAAACUGUGAUUAUGAAGUUGACCCUCCGGCUAGACAUACCAUGGGAAGAAAGUGCAAAGUCUAUUCCAAGACUUAAUAAGCCUAACAACAUGUCUGUCAAAUUAAAGAAUGUGAGCGAUGAGAAUGAAACAUGGGCAGCAGAAGCAAUCUCAAGACUCAGACAGACUUACGACGAAGUGGACCUUGUCACUUCCAGCCUCACUCCUGCAGGAGGAAUAAGAUUCAUGAGGAGGCUUGUGGAGAAGGAAACUGCAGUAACAUGUAAGGUCACAAUAAGGACAUGCCACAGAAUAGAGAAGGAAGAACGGAAGGAACUGCUGCAGACAAUGAAGUGCCAGAUAGAAUGGUUAUGGUAAUAUGCCUGUAAAAUGAGCAAAACUUUGUGAAUACUUGCGAAUCCUUAAUUCAUCUCUAAAGUUUGUAUUUCCUUGAACUGAAGUAUGAGGAAACUUAGGAAUGUUAUUUAUGUUUUUUAUAUUUUUACCUAUCUUGUAUUAUAUAAUAAAAUUGAUAAAUGAAAA